AUAGGUACAUACAUGGUGCCGAUUAUGGUGCGUACAUCCACUUUUUUUCAGGUGGAUUAUUAAGGCACACACAAAAUUCACAAUUAGAGGCACACGAUGAGUGGUAUGAAAGGUGAGUCAAAACGGAACGCUGCUGGCUGGUAAGUAAGUGAGCCGCCUUCCACUCAGCCAUUUGCCUAGGAAUGAAGAUGUACUCCAAACUUGUGUAAACCAUGCAUUUUUUUAGCUCUCUUUACUUUGGCGGAUUGAUGUAUUUUUAACCGAAUUUCAACCUUCUGAAUCAACAUCCACCACCGAAUUACGGAUGGUAAUUUUUGGCAGUUAUAGUUUGGGCGCCACGCUGGGUAGUACAUCUUCUCGAUCAUGAAGUUGCUCCUGAUAAUUUUAGGAAUCACUACCGGAAUUUCUGCCCUCGCAUACAAUCGAAGCGCAUGGCCAGAUUUGUAUCAGUACGACAAUUACGGCCAAUGUCAGAAUCACGGAAGACAUUUCUGCCUAGUAAAAGGCCUCAUUCACCCGGAUCCGUCGAAUGAGUUGUGGCUGCAAAUCAAGAACCACAGCCAAGAUGCGCGCCACUAUCGGUGGUAUCUUUUGGAACGCGGAGUGUGUCUGGAGGAGUGUCUGAGGCAGUUGGAGGUCGAUGGAGAUCGCCCGAGAGAUGAUCCGUUGCCAAUCAGGAAGGAAGCGAUAGAGGCUGAUUUUUUAUACCUUGCCGAUGCCAAAUAUUUUCCCGAAUCGAAGGAAAUAAUAUCAAAACACCACGCGUCCAUAUCCGAAUGCCUGAAUCGAAAACUUUUUCGAAAAUAUGGCAUGACGGCGGCCUGGAAGAUUGAAUAUUGUCAAGAUUUCAACCGUUUCACUCCAACACUUGAAUCGGCGGAUUAUUUAUCGAUACUUUUGCUCGUAAUCCUAUGCAGCUUGGCCAUUGCUGGCACUGUUGUCGAUCGCCGUUUACAACGAAAGCGAGCAGUUGAGCAACCGGACAAGGUGGUGAAAGGAUCUCCGAUAGCUUCAAUUUUCUCAAUCCCACAAAAUCUUCGAAUCCUCAUGGAGCCUCCAAAGUCGUCUCUUAGUAGAGAUUUCAAAUUCCUGGAAGGAAUGCGUUUUUUGUCAAUUAUAUGUAUCAUCCAACUUCACUCAAGCAUCACGAUGAUGUACAUUCCUGUUAAGAAUCCGAGUUUUAACGAAGAUCCUCUCCACAGUCCCAUCGCAGCAAUAAUAGCCGCACUGUCACCGAAUGUGGUCCAGUCGUUUUUCACCAUUGCAGGAAUUCUGAUGGCGGGAACCCUGCUCGAUCACAUGGAAAAACAAUCCCAGAUUACGUGGAAAUUGGUUGCUGAUAGAAUUUUAAAUCGAAUGAAGCGCAUUGCACCUCUCUAUCUAUAUUUCGCCUUGUUUUCUCUCACGCUGAAUCGACUCAUUCGACUGGGACCCCUGUAUGAUCGGUCGGUCAACUCCGAAUGUUUGAAAUGUCGGAACAGUUGGUGGGCCAAUGUGUUGUUCUUGAACAACUACCGGGAAGUAACUGAAAAUUGUUUUGCAACCAGCUGGUACCUUAGUGCCGAUCUGCAAUUUUACGUCUUUGGGGUGAUUUCACUGACCGCAAUGAAAAAGUAUCCACAGUGUAAGAAAUAUUGGAUUGGAUUCAUGCUUUUGCUAAAUUUCGUAGCCCCUGCAGCUGUUAUGUGGAUUGCCAAUCUACCACCUCUCCUGGGCCCACUAACAAAGUCGGCCGUGUCGCUCUUAGCUGAUGAGAAAUGGAUAGCCCAGCUGUACUUUCCGUCCUACACCAGCAGUGCGGGCUAUUUCUAUGGCAUAUUAGCCGGUCUGAUCUAUCAUCGGUUCAAAUCUCACCCCGAAAGACUUAUCGGUUCCCAGAUAUUCAAAGCUGCCAAAUGGGGAUCGGUGUUGCUACUCCUCACAUGUUAUGGUCCCAGUUUUCUACUUUUUGGACAAGUAACGGAAGUCCGAUGGUGGAUGCCAAUCUACGGAGCGCUGAGCAAAAAUAUUUGGGGUUUCCUAUGUGCGGUGCAUUUCCUAGACAUGGCGCUGAGUAAAGCAAGUUCCGCAAGAUCCAUUCUAGAGCAUCGUUGGCUUCAACCCCUGGGAAAAUUAACUUACAGCGUUUAUCUAUUUCAUACUGUAGUAAUCUUCCAAUUUAUGAAUAUGGUGCAGUCCCCGGUUUCCAAUGACUCAUCGUCAGCGUUUUACUUAAUGAUCGGCACCCUUAUUCUGUCCUAUUUGAUUGGAUUGGUGAUGUUCUUGUUGGUGGAACAACCUGCCGCCAAUUUGUUUAAUGGAAAAAACAACUAUCUAGGAUUGAUGAUGCAGUACGCCUCCGAUGCAGCAAGACAGUACUCUAAAAUUGUGAAUAAAAAAGGCAACUGA